AUGCCCCCAGACACGGCCGGGGAGGACACUCCGCUUGAUUGGGGUAAGCAUGAGGGCGAAAUCAUGGACCUGUUGGUGGGCGGCAACGGCAGAACGCUGAAGCAGGUGAUGGAACAUAUGAGGACAAAAUACAAUUUUAAUCCAAGUGAGAGUCAAUACAAGCGUCACUUCAGCAGUCUCAAGAAGAAUGUGACAGGUGAAGAGUGGCUGUAUAUUGAGCAGCAAUCCAGUGUUGCUGAAAUCUCCUCCCAGCUUCAGCAACUGGUUCCGGAACGACAUGAGGGAGAUCUCCUGCAACAACUGGGAUGGAUUCUGGAUUCCUCCCUGCCAGUUUCCGAAACACUCCCGUCACUUUUUGCCCUGGCCGCUUUCUUCGCAUCCAACAACCUCCUGCAUAGCAGUCGAAUAGACGCCUUUCUCAAAUGGAUCGUCGACCAUGAAUACACAGAUUUACUGGAAGGAUUCAUGAAGAUCCAGACUCCUACGAUUCACUCUUUCGCUAAGGUCGUCGCGGAGUCGGCUAUUCGAAUCAAGAAUUUCCAGGUGCUCGAAGCACUCCACAAGUACGGCGUCAAACUCGAUACCAUGCUGUACGAGAUAGCCUCCAUCGGUGCCGCUAGCCUCACUCGACGAAUUCUAUCCAACGCAGACCCGGUGCGCUUGAGAAACACGGAGUUGGGAGCGAAGCUCCUUAACUCUUUUGUUUCCGAUCAACAGUAUGAUCUCGCGCGAUCCCUUUUAACGGUCGGGGUCUCUGUGGAUGCGUCCUCCAACACCUGGAACCAGUAUCCUGAAACUGCGCUCUACGAAGCGGUGGUGAGAAAGGACAUUGCAGGGGUCAAGUUUCUUCUCGAGGCGGGCGCGUCCGUGAACUUGUACUAUCGUCUCAUGAGGCAUACCACCUCUUUCUUCGGAUCGCCUCACACUGUACUCGGACGCGCUGUCGAUCUAGGACAUGAAGAAAUGGUUGUUCUCCUUCUGGAGUACGAAGCCGACAUGUUCUUGGAGUUUGGCACGAUGCCUCUGCUGAAAUGGGCUGCAUUGCAUUGCCGGAGCAUGUUUGAGAUCUUGAAGGAAAAGGCGGAGCCGGGAUCGAUAGGGCCCUUGCUUGGGGAUGUGGUGGACGCCGCGAACCAUGGCAGUCAUGCUCUUGCAGUCUACAUCACUGAUAGACAGGAAGGAGCGACGCCAUGCCUCCUGGAGGAAGCUCUCGAGGAAUGCAUCCUUGGCAACCACUUGAUGGCGGCAACCGCACUGCUCGAACAUGGGGUUAAUCCAAACGGCCCAACCCGCUGGGCUCGCCCACUCGCGAUGGCCUUGGACAUAUACCGAAUCGACCAUGGGUUUGUUGAGCUACUUCUCGAAUAUGACGCAGAUGUUACAUAUCCCGGCCUCCUUGAGAAACUUGCUGGGAUCGGAAGACCAGACCUUUUGAAGAGGGUUCUCACGCACCCGGUUGAUUUGAAGGAAAGAAUGAAAGCGCUGGUUGCUGCAUGUUCUGGAACUAUUGCCUCAGUAGCCACGAUCCUAGAUUCUGGUGUGGACAUCAACACGCCCUUGCUGCGUCAGAAGAACCCACUUCAAACAGCUGCCAGUCAGGGAGAUCUGAACUUAGUUCUAUUUCUAAUCCAGAGAGGAUCAAACGUCAACGCGCCAGCUGAUCCAUACGAUGGGCGAACCGCGUUACAAGAAGCACUCCAGACCAGAAAUCCCGUCGACUUGGCCAAGAUGUUGCUGCAUCAUGGGGCUGAUGCCUCCGCCCCCCCCGCAAUGUUAGGUGGCUUGACGGCCCUCGAGGCGUUUUGCCACAAUACCAACGCUGCGGGCAGUCCAGAAUUUUGCGAAACUCUUUUGGCCGCCGGUGCUACCGUCAACCGCCCUUGCGGCAAGCCAAGCUCGGUACUUCACGGAGUUAUCAAGAGAGGAUGGCACGAAGUCUUAAGGCACUUCCUUGAGCCACCACACAACGGAAUCAUCGAUUACAUGUGGUGCGAACCGGUAUCAGAUAUUAUUGAUUACCCGUCGCCAUACACACCGACCCAACUAGCAGCCUCUCUUGGGGACCUGACAGCGCUAAAAAUCCUCUUGGACCACGGAGCCGAUGUCAACGAAGCCCCGGCACGCCGGCUUGGGCGUACUGCUUUCCAAGCGGCUUCGUUGCUGCCGCCCGGAGCAGCAAAGACCGCGGUCAUCGAAUUUCUUCUCGAGCGCAACGCCAACACCAACGCGAAUGCGGCGUUUCGACGUGGGAUCACAGCACUUCGAGGUGCUGCCAUAGCGGGAGAUUUCAUGCUUGCCAAACUGUUGAUAACCCGCGGCGCGAAAGUCAACGCAAUACCUGAGCCCACGCACGGCCUGACCACAAUCGAGGCGGCGGCUAAACAUGGCCGCCUGGAUAUGGUCCAACUGCUGCUCAAUGCUGGGGCGGUAGGCGACGUCAGGCGGGGGCGGCGGGGCUUCAAACCCGCAAUCCAGUUGGCAGAGAAAAACGGCCACUAUGCCGUGGCCAAGCUUUUGAAGAUGCAAGAUGGAACAGGCUCACAAUAG